AUGAAACCUUGUACACCAACCUGUGUGGAUAUGGGUUCUGAGUGUGAUCGAGACCUAGAGAAGUUUCAGACUGUGGUACGGAAGAGGGUGGCAGCCAAUGCCCGAGAAAGGAAAAGGAUGCAGGGCUUGAAUACAGCUUUUGACCAGCUGCGCAAAGUGGUUCCUCAGUGGGGUCAGGACAAGAAACUUUCCAAGUAUGAAACCUUGCAGAUGGCUCUGAGCUACAUAAUGGCCCUCAACCGCAUCCUGAAUGAUUCUAGUAAAAACAGUGCCUCUCACAGGCAAUGGCUGGAUCUGCAGUAUGACAGCCUGCAAUCUGAGAGCUACCCCUGCAUCGUGACAUACAGCUCACCCACUGAGAACGAGUGCAUGUACACAUCCUUCUCCUACCAUCAUGAAGAUUUCCAAGUCCUGACUUAGACUGAGACAUGCUGGUGUGUUAUCUUGUAUCUUCUAUUCUGUGGCUACAGGACUUAGUAAAUACAUUUGUAUUGCAAUUAUUUGUAUGUAUUAGCCUAUAUUGUAUAUUGAUCACCUUUCAUUACUGUGGUAUAAAAAUAUUCUAGCCAUGUAGCAUUUUUUCUGAAAGUAAUUUAAACAAAAAUGCGUUAUUAUGGUUAUUAAUUUAUUAUCUAGUGUCUAGUCCUGGUUAACUCAGCCAAACACUCAAACACUCUCUU